AUGGUGAUCGGACGGAAAGUUACUCGACGCGCUUCGAAAGCGACGUCAUCAGCACGAAGAGCUUCCAUUCCUGAAGUCUCGCCACCAUCCUCACCGGAUUCUUCGGAUUUCUCCCUGGAAUCGGUAAACAGUAUCCAUUCACCGUACCACCUCACAAGCGGUGAUAAUCCCGGUAUUUCUCUCAUUUCUGAGGUCCUUGACGGUACAAAUUUUGAUAAUUGGCGUAUUGCGAUGACGAUUUCUCUAGAUGCUAAGAAUAAGAUCUCAUUUGUGGAUGGAUCUAUUCCUCGGCCUACUGAAUUGCAUCGUAGUUUUCGGAUUUGGUCUCGUUGUAACUCAAUGGUGAAAUCAUGGCUUCUCAACUCUGUUUCGAAGCAGAUCUAUAUGAGUAUUCUUCGCUUUAAUGAUGCAUCUGAGAUUUGGAAUGAUCUGAUGACUCGAUUUCAUAUCACCAAUCUCCCUCGUUCAUACCAUUUGUCCCAGCAAAUUUGGACUCUCCAGCAGGGUUCUCAUGAUCUAGCUACCUACUAUACCAAGCUGAAGACUCUAUGGGAUGAACUCGAUGGUGCUGAAUGCAUUGAAACUUGCCAUUCUUGUGAUUGUUGCAAGGCGAUGAAUAAGAAGGCCGAUCAUGCUAAGGUGAUUAAGUUCUUAGCUGGGUUAAACGAUAGCUAUGCAGUUAUUCGAAGCCAAAUCAUCAUGAAGAAACAUGUUCCUGAGCUCUCGGAGAUUUACAAGCUGCUUGAUCAGGAUCACAGCCAGCGAACCAUCAAUCCCGUUCACAACGCUGGUGCUUUUCAAGUUGCAGUAUCCGACUCGGCUCAGCCCUCUAUCAACGCUGCUGCCUCCACCUAUGGGAAACCAAAUUCCAACCGUCCUCUUUGUUCUCAUUGUGGUUAUUCCGGUCACACUAUUGAGACGUGUUAUCUGAUUCAUGGUUACCCCGUUGGCUUCAAGCAUAAGGUGAAACAACAGCCAGAGAAGAAUUUGCCAUCUGCUGCUCCUAGACCUCAACAAAAUUCAAAACCGGUGGUUGCUCAAGUGUCUCUUCCUCAUCAUGGCACUCGUGAGAACCAGUCUCCGGAUAUCAUCAAUCAUCUUUCUAAAGACCAAAUUGAGAGUGUUAUCGCCUACUUCAACUCUCAACUUCAAACGUCUCCUUCUCAGAACACCUCAAUGCCCUCAUCAUCUCUCACUAGUGGCACUAUUACGGCUCUACCCGGUAUGGCUUUUUCAAACUCUACAUUGUGUUUUGUUGGGAUAUUGAAAGCCACUGGCAAUGCUCUUUCUUCUCAGUCUUGGAUUAUAGACAGUGGUGCCACUCAUCAUGUAUGUCAUGAUAGAGACUUGUUUGUUGAGAUUUCCAGUUCUAUGAAUCGAUCAGUGACAUUGCCUACGGGUAUAGGCAUUGCUAUUGAAGGCAUUGGCACGGUUAAGUUGAAUGAUAGCUUGGUCUUGCGCAACGAUCAUACCAAGGGGCUGAUGAUUGGUCAGGGUGAUGAAAUCUCCAAUCUCUACGUUCUGGAUGCUGCUUCCCUUAGAGACAUUUCUUCAUCCCCUUAUAUUUGUUCUCAUGUUGUCGUUGAUUCAACCAUUUGGCACAAUAGACUAGGACAUCCUGCUUUCUCUAAAACCGACUUUAUUGCGGAUGUACUUGGUGCCAAACAAAAGAAUAAAGCUUUCCAUUGUGCUAUUUGCCCUCUUGCCAAACAGAAACGCUUAUCUUUUGCAUCUAACAAUAAUAUGUGUGAGAAUGCUUUUGAUCUUCUUCACAUAGACACUUGGGGUCCUUUCUCAGUGUCUACUGUUGAAGGUUAUAGGUAUUUCCUCACUAUUGUGGAUGAUCACACCCGAGUGACUUGGAUCUACUUGAUGCGGACUAAGGAUGAAGUUCUCACUGUCUUCCCGGAGUUUCUGACUAUGGUUGAGACGCAGUACAAUGCAGUGGUCAAAGGUGUGAGAUCAGAUAAUGCUCCAGAGUUGAAGUUCACAGCUCUGUAUAAGAAAAAGAGCAUCGUUUCUUAUCAUUCAUGCCCUGAGACACCAGAACAGAACUCUGUUGUUGAGAGAAAGCACCAGCAUAUCUUGAACGUGGCUCGUUCCUUGAUGUUUCAAGCUCAUGUACCGUUGGAAUAUUGGGGAGACUGCGUUCUUAUGGCCGUUUUUCUCAUCAACAGACUUCCGACUCCUCUUCUGAAAGACCGAUCCCCGUUUCAGGUUCUGACUUCGAAGAAACCUGACUAUACUGGCUUGCGUGUGUUCGGCUGCCUCGCCUACUCUUCUACUUCUCCGAAGCAGCGCCACAAGUUCCAACCACGCUCGAAGCCAUGUGUUUUUCUGGGUUAUCCUUCAGGCUACAAGGGAUACAAACUCUUGGACUUGGAGACAAAUUCAGUCCAUAUCUCUCGCAAUGUGGUGUUUUAUGAAGAGAUUUUCCCAUUUUCUGAUGGUCAGUCUUCCUUUCCCUUAGAAUUCUUCGAUUUUUCGCAGGGAUCUUUGAACACUGAUAGUUCUGGUGUGGACAUCGGGGAGGUUCCCGUAGUUGUGAAUUCGCCUUCUAUGGUCGAGAACCCAAAUCCCUCCCACACUGGUUCUCGUUCUGAAGAUUCAUGUGAUGGAGAUCAAAGGGAAAGUACCAAGAGAGCACAGAAGAAGCCUGCCUACUUGCAAGAUUACUACUGCAAUGUUACGGAUGUGGAUAUUCCUUAUCCAUUGGCUAAUUUCAUGUCUUAUAGUCAACUCUCUGAUGAGUAUAAGGACUAUAUCUGUGCUUUCGCAUUAUUACCUGAGCCUGCCUUUUUAAGGAUGCUUUGA